GUGACUGCAUCUGGAUUCUAACAUACGUGUAGCGCCUUCUGUACACUUAGCACAACUUAGCAGGGGACUGUUUCGACGUGGAAAGCUCCUUUCCGUUUCUUCGGCUUUGUUGCUCGCUCGCUCAAAUACAACUUGAAGCCGCUCUUAUUGGAAUAAGGGCGGCGCAAGAAGGAAAGCAGCGUCACAUUGAAGUGCACCUUUGUACGUGUUUCACCAGAGGGGCGCGCCGGCCGCCUUUCAUCACUUUGAGGGCCGCAGCGAGGAGGCGUUCUGCCGCACGAUGUGCGAGCGCGGACCCACUAUAGAGAGUAAUCAUAGCCGCGGCGCUGGCAGCGCUGGCAUGGUUCUGGCGGCGCCGCGGCCCGGAGCUAUGGCGGUAAUUUCACAUGCUGACCCAGAUGCGGGUAACAGCACCUCCAGCAGUAGCAGCGGCGGCGCCAGCGACGUGAGCGACGACCUGCACCAACCCAAACGCAGCAAUCACCUGGCCGGCCCUGCCGGUACCCAGGACAAUCACGACCAGCCACCCAGCAACAACCACAACCAACGCCAUCAGGCGCAACCGCAGCCCCAGCCCCAGGCGCUGCUCCCAUCGUGCCCACAGCAGCAGCGGCCCGGUGCUUGGGUGCCCGCCGCAUUCCGCACAGCUGGUGCCAAUGCAGCCGAUUACGAGGAUGGCAUUGAGGACCCGAUGGGGCCACACGAAGAAGGGCGGGAGGCGGUGACUGCACCUGCAGAGGAGGAGGAGGAGGCCGCGCGGCGUCAGGCGGAGGCGCGGGAGGAGGAGCGGGAGCAGGUGGUGGCGGCGCUUGAGGCCAAGGUGCGGGCGCUCAUGCGGCGCUGCGCCGACCUGACGGACGAGCUCAUUGACGCCCGCCACACGGCGCACCGGCGGGUGGAGGCCGCGCAGGAGGAGGCUGCGGCUGCGCGGCGCCAGGCCGCGUUCUGCGACGAGGAGGUGCGCCGCCUGGGCCGCAAGCUGGCGGCGCUGAGGGCGGAGCAGGCGGACGCGGUGGACUGGGCGGCGCAGCGGAUGCUGGACCUGCAGCGCAAGCUCGAGGCGGAGCGCUGUGCGCAUGAGGCCACGCGGCGCCAACUGCUGCAGCUGCAGCAGGGCCAGAUGGCGGCGGCACUGAGGCGCUGGUCCGCCACCGGCGGCGCCACCAGUGCCGUCAGCGGCGCUCCCGCCACCAACGGCUCCAGCCCCCUGCGGCACCUGCACACGCAGCACCCGCACGCACACGGGCUGUCAUCGCACUCGCACUCGCACCACCUGCACGCGGUCGCGCUGCAUGAGCAUGUGCUAACACUCACAACGGGCGGCGGCGGCGGCGGUGGACACGUUGGCCACGCCGUGGGCGCGGCGGAGCUGCAGGCCGCGUUCCGCGCGGGGCUGCUGGCGGGCGGCCGGCAGGCCGCCGCGCACGCCGGCCCUGCGGCAAUGGCGGCGGCGGCGGCGGCGGCGGUACCUGCGGGGACAGGUGUACCGCCGACCGCACUGCCGGGGGCGGAGGUACUGACAUUGCAGACAACUGGCAGCGGUGGUAGCUGUGGCAACGCCAGCGGCAGCGAAGGCGCUAGCGGCGGCGGCGCCAACAAGGUCCCGGCGGUGCCGGCGCCGGUGCCGGCACCGGCGGCGACACAGCUGCCACCACCUCCGCUGCCGCUGCUGCUGCCCUGCGAGCUGGCGCAAGCAAAUGCGCAGCACCCGGCUGGCGGCGACGUGGCUUCCCAGCCCCCCGCCUUCCUCAGCAGCGGCGCCUGCCUCCAGGGCGCCACAGUGGCAGCACUGGCGGCUGUGUCACCCCACCAGUACAAGACCCGACAGGUGGCCAGCGGCGCCGCAUGGGGCACCGCGGAUGCCAACACAGCAGCAGCCACAGCAGCAGCCGGUGCCGCUCACACCUCCGGCGCCGGGGCGGAAGGAGACGGAGGGGCAGGCGGCGGAUGUGGAGAUGGAGAUGAAUGCGCAGGGCUGUUGGGCCGGGGGCGCGGAGAAGACGCGGGUAUGCCGCGCCGUUGCUCGGACGGCUCCGUGUCAGUGGGCUCGGUGUGCGGCAUUGGCUCCGGCCCCGCCUCGCCCAGCUCCUCAGCACCCCACUCAGCCACGCACUCCAAGUCGGGGUCACCAGCGGCUUGGGGCGUGGGCUGGACGACUGGGAUUGCAGCGUCGCAGGCUGCAUCGGCUGCAGCGGCAGUGGCUGCCGCUGCGGCUGGAAAGGCUGCGGAACGCCUGGCCGAAGUGAAGCUCAGGCGGGAAGGAGGCAAGGCUGGUGCAAACCAACGGAUACAUGGUAUGUAGCUUUGGUGGUACGUUUUAUGGGCCGCCCAGCAUUACGCAGGCCGGCAGGCAGGUAGAGCGCUGUGUUUAGUACUGGCUCAUCUUCUUCAUUGAUGUGCAGUGGAAACACGUGUUGGUGUGCACAGCAAGCUACUGUAUGAAUAAAUUCAGCUCGGCCGCCACAACCGUAAGAAGCUAGCUCCGUGCGUUUGUUGAAGCUUGGAUGGAAGCGUGGUAACGUGGUUCUGUUAGGUAAGCGACCAUAGUGAAUACAGGCAGGGUGACAUACAUACUGUGUGCGCGUUUGGUGCUGUUUGGCCUGUUGAUGCUCGGGAACUUUCAAACAAUUUGAUCACAGGACUGCAGUCCAAUACUCAUUGCGCACUGACAGCGGACCACACCGCGCGGGAUGCUUUUGCAGACGUAGCCGAAGCAGUGGCAGAGUAGUGGCCACUAUAGGAGGGUCAGCAGGGCGGAACGGUGAAGCCAGUGCAUUUAGCGCUGCGUGUUCAAGACUGCAUGGUUAACUCGUAGCGGGCCGUGUGUGUGUGUGCGUGUGUGUGUGUGUGUGUGUGUGUGUGUGUGUGUGGUUCUUGGCGCACAAACGUACCUGUCCCUGUCUGUGUUAGUCCCAACCUUAGGCCCCGCAGGAAUCAUGUACGGUACACUUGUGUGAACUUUGGUUGAUGUGUGCUCCAACAGUUGUGGGCAUGUGCCAUCGCAGGGGCUGCAGGUCCCUUUCUGUGGACUGUAGUACGGUUGCCGGUCCAGGGCAGGCUACGACUGAGAGCAGGCAUGGCUGUGUGUUGCGGAGGUCGCGCGCUAUGUGAAGAUGGGCACCCGUUAUCGAGGUGGUUUGGGCUUGCUGCUUUCUUUUCUUUUUCCUUGCUCGGUCCCGCGUCUGUUUCUUCCUCUGUUCUGUGAGCUUGGUGGUUGCUUCGCCGUUUUGGGUCUGCCCUUGCUUUGCCCCGGAGGGGUGCCCUUGGCUUUCGGUGGCUUGUGCGGUUGUCCGUGGUGUUCUGCUUGCUCGCUUUGCAGGUUGUGUGCCGGUGUGGUGCUGCGCCUUCCCCUUGCUUCGCCUUUGUAACCACUCACUCCCACCCACCUGCUUAAGAUGCGGUGAGCAUGUUUCGGUGCGAUCGGCUAGCUCUCGUCGUUCCGGUGUUUAACUUGCUUCACAGCCGGGGGUAGUUGCUGCCCGGGCACGGCUGUUUGGCCGGCCGGGCAGACCGUACUUAAGGGCGGUGAGAUCGCCAGGCCGGGGACCGUUGGGGACUUAGGUCUCCGGAACGGCACGGUUACAUAGCCCCAACUUUUAUGUUGCUGCCCGCCCCGGGAGUAUCAAGACGAACGGUGGUGAUAGACCGGACGGUGGUGUAAGAGGAGCGUGCCUGGCAUGCAGGUUGCCUCGGACUUGCAGUAGUGUAAGUGUGUGGGCCUGCACUGGCAGCGCGCAGCCACAAGAGUGCCGGAGGGCAAGGUACAGUGGCCCACUGGCCCGUAGCCGCCUUGUGCCUGAUAUGAUAGUGCCUAAUAGCUAGACGCCGAUAUAGGUCAGGGUGCUCAGCGGGCGGACGCUGCGUGCGGCCCGGCCGAGAGUUGCGACGGCUGCCGGACCGUUCCUGCGGGGCGGAGGCGGCAUAGAUAUCGGCGGAGCUUCCCGCCUGUUCCCCGCCGGCUGUCCCAGACUGCCCCUGAUGAAAGAAUCGAUGCCCUC